GUGUGUGUCUGGCUGUGCCUCAGCCGCCCCUCGCCUCCUCUCCCCGCACUAAAAGUCAACGUAUUUGUGCUCUGCGCCAUCACAUCCCAGCAUUUUCCCUGGACUGGGAGUCCUUUAUUUUUAUUCCCCCAAUCCCCUCGUGAGAAAGAGUGACAUGUCCCAGGGGAAGUGUUGAAGCCACAAAUUACCCCAAAGUAAACAAUGGUUCAGUCCACAUCCCUGGGCUUCUGUCUCCCCUGCCGCCUGGCUGUUGCAUUCACGCGUGUAUUCUCCGUGUUCUCCUUCUUCCCUCCCCUUUCUCCCCGUGCAUUCCUUCUGCUCACACCGCUCCUGCCCGGCUGCCAGUAAACAUCCUUCUACACAUCCCUUGUGAUCUCACUGCGCCACUGGGAUGCUGUGACAGUUAACUUCGGCUUCCUUUCCCUCCUCCCCCCUACCUGCUGGGCUAAGAUGGUACAGUCUGCAGAGGGACUCCGCUCAUGUAUCCUGCCUUAUCCAUCCGCUCCAGAUGCUGAACAGUGAUUACUCCGCUCCCUUGUCAUUCAACUCAUUUUGGAUUUGUGAUGAUAUCUUAGCCAGGUGCUGCAGAGGGAAUGAACAUGCACUUGCUUGCGCCAGACUUCAGCAUGAUGGGAAGCGGUGAAUGGAAAGAAUCUAUUUUGCACCCUUGAAAGAUUUAAAAUCCAUUUGGACUGUUGACUGGCUUGGGACCAACACUUUCAAGGAUCUUUUUUUUCCCUAGUUCGUUCCAUCGGAAGCUCACUGGAUUGCUGCAUUACAGGAAAUCUAUCCACAAUUUUUCUCAUUUUCUUCUCAUAUAUAUAUAUAUAUUUUUAAAAUAUUGUUCCCCCGGAAUUCCAGCCCUUAAGAACAAACGCACGUGGAAAUGGGUGACAUGAGUAAUAGUGAUUUCUAUUCUAAGAACCAAAGAAACGAAACCAACCAUGCAGCUGAUUUCAGCUGUACCCUUAUGGAGCUGCGCUCCCUCAUGGAGAUGCGGGGGAGUGAGGCAGUGGUUAAAAUUAAUGAAUGCUAUGGGGACACUGAUGGCUUGUGCAGGCGAUUACAGACAUCUCCUACAGAAGGCUUGCCUGGUACAGUAGCAGAUCUAGAAAAAAGAAGGCAAACUUUCGGAAAAAACUUUAUACCUCCAAAGAAGCCAAAAACUUUCUUACAACUAGUAUGGGAAGCCCUUCAAGACGUGACACUGAUUAUCCUGGAAAUUGCAGCCAUUAUAUCCCUCGGCCUCUCUUUUUAUCGGCCUCCUGGAGGAGAAACUGAAGGCUGUGGUGGUACGGCAUCAGGAGCAGAAGAUGAAGGAGAAGCAGAAGCUGGCUGGAUUGAAGGAGCUGCCAUCCUCUUGUCUGUUGUCUGUGUUGUACUUGUCACUGCCUUCAAUGACUGGAGCAAAGAAAAGCAAUUCAGGGGCCUCCAAAGCCGUAUUGAACAAGAACAAAAAUUUACAGUGGUCCGUGGUAGUCAGGUCAUUCAGAUCCCUGUGUCGGAGAUGGUGGUUGGAGACAUUGCACAAGUUAAAUAUGGUGAUCUUCUUCCUACUGACGGCAUAUUUAUUCAGGGAAAUGACCUGAAAAUCGAUGAGAGUUCUUUAACCGGUGAAUCUGACCAAGUCCGCAAGUCUGUAGAUAAGGACCCAAUGUUACUCUCUGGUACUCAUGUGAUGGAAGGCUCAGGGAGAAUGCUCGUCACAGCUGUAGGUGUAAAUUCUCAGACCGGAAUCAUCUUCACCUUGUUAGGAGCCAGCGAAGCAGAGGAUGAAAAGAAGGAUAAGAAAGGUGUGACAAAGGAGGAAGGACCACAGCUACAAGUUGGCUCCACCCAUCCACCCUCUCAUCCUCCUGCAGCCACAGAUGGUGCCGCAGGAGCAAACGCUAUUGAUAAUGCAAAUGCCAGCUUAGUGAAUGGCAAAAUGCAAGAUGGAAAUGUGGAGAGCAUCCAGAAUAAAGCCAAACAGCAGGACGGUGCAGCUGCGAUGGAAAUGCAGCCCUUGAAAAGUGCUGAAGGAGGUGAUGGAGACGACAAGGACAAAAAGAAAUCUAAUCACCACAAGAAGGAGAAGUCUGUGCUGCAGGGCAAGCUUACCAAACUUGCGGUACAGAUUGGGAAAGCUGGUUUGGUUAUGUCCGCCAUAACCGUCAUUAUCUUGGUCCUCUACUUCGCCAUUGAAACGUUUGUUGUGAACAAAAGGCCAUGGCUGCCAGAAUGCACUCCGAUCUACAUCCAGUACUUUGUUAAAUUUUUCAUCAUUGGCGUGACUGUAUUAGUGGUGGCCGUUCCCGAGGGACUGCCUCUCGCUGUCACUAUUUCUCUGGCCUACUCUGUUAAAAAAAUGAUGAAAGAUAAUAAUUUAGUAAGACAUUUAGAUGCUUGUGAAACCAUGGGGAAUGCAACGGCAAUCUGCUCAGACAAGACCGGCACUUUGACCACCAACCGGAUGACAGUGGUACAAGCAUUUGUGGGAGAUGCCCACUACAAAGAGAUUCCUGAUCCUGAUAGUCUUCCAGCUAAAACGUUGGAUGUGUUAGUGCAUGCCAUCGGCCUCAACAGUGCAUAUACCUCCAAAGUCUUGCCUGCAGACAAAGAUGGGGGGCUUCCACGGCAAGUUGGGAACAAAACAGAGUGCGGUUUGCUGGGGUUUGUCUUGGACUUGAAGAGAGAUUACCAAGUAGUAAGGAAUCAGAUUCCAGAGGAGAAACUUUACAAAGUGUACACCUUCAACUCAGUCAGAAAAUCCAUGAGCACUGUUGUUAAACUAGAUGAUGGCAGCUUCCGAAUGUACAGCAAAGGUGCUUCUGAGAUUAUCCUAAAAAAAUGUUCUAGAAUUUUAAAUGAGGCUGGCGAACCACGGAUUUUUAGACCUAGAGACCGUGAUGACAUGGUAAAAAGUGUGAUAGAGCCCAUGGCAUGCGAUGGACUUCGAACCAUCUGUAUCGCUUACCGAGAUUUUCCCAUGAGCCCAGAGCCUGACUGGGACAAUGAAAAUGACAUUGUCACUGAUCUGACAUGCAUUGCUGUAGUUGGUAUUGAGGAUCCAGUCAGGCCAGAGGUACCAGAGGCCAUAAGAAAAUGCCAGCGGGCUGGUAUCACGGUCCGCAUGGUGACUGGCGAUAACAUUAAUACUGCCCGUGCCAUUGCCAUUAAGUGCGGUAUUAUACAUCCCGGAGAGGAUUUUCUCUGCAUUGAUGGAAAGGAGUUUAACAGAAGGAUACACAAUGAGAAGGGCGAGGUCGAACAAGAACGGAUUGAUAAGAUUUGGCCCAAGCUCCGGGUUCUGGCCCGCUCCUCGCCUACUGACAAACAUACACUGGUGAAAGGAAUCAUAGACAGCACCCAGGUUGAGCAGAGGCAAGUGGUUGCAGUGACUGGAGAUGGAACAAAUGACGGACCAGCUCUGAAGAAAGCAGACGUGGGGUUUGCCAUGGGAAUCGCAGGCACAGAUGUUGCAAAGGAAGCUUCUGACAUUAUUCUCACAGAUGAUAACUUCAGCAGCAUUGUGAAAGCUGUAAUGUGGGGCCGCAAUGUGUACGACAGCAUCUCCAAAUUCCUGCAGUUCCAGUUAACGGUGAAUGUGGUGGCUGUCAUUGUAGCAUUUACUGGGGCCUGCAUUACACAGGACUCUCCACUGAAAGCCGUGCAGAUGUUGUGGGUUAACCUUAUUAUGGACACAUUUGCCUCUCUUGCCCUGGCGACAGAACCCCCCACAGAGUCUCUUCUCCUACGGAAACCUUACGGAAGGAACAAGCCCCUCAUUUCUCAGACCAUGACGAAAAAUAUCCUGGGCCAUGCAGUAUACCAGCUUACCCUUAUAUUCACCCUGUUAUUUGCUGGCGAAAAUAUAUUUAAUAUCGAUAGCGGAAGAAACGCCCCCCUACAUUCUCCACCUUCAGAACAUUAUACCAUCAUCUUCAACACAUUUGUUAUGAUGCAGCUCUUUAACGAAAUCAAUGCCCGCAAGAUCCACGGAGAGCGCAAUGUCUUUGCUGGCAUAUACAGGAACCCUAUUUUUUGCGCAAUCGUGUUGGGCACAUUUGCCAUCCAGAUAGUAAUUGUGCAGUUUGGUGGCAAACCAUUUAGCUGUGCUCCCUUACAACUGGACCAAUGGAUGUGGUGCAUAUUCCUUGGAAUUGGAGAACUGGUAUGGGGACAGGUUAUAGCUAGCAUUCCAACAAAUAGACUGAAAUUCUUAAAAGCAGCUGGUCGUCUCACUCAGAAGGAGGAGAUCCCAGAAGAAGACCUCAAUGACGAUGUCGAAGAAAUAGACCAUGCAGAAAGAGAACUGAGGAGGGGGCAAAUUCUUUGGUUCCGAGGGCUCAACAGAAUCCAGACACAGAUCCGCGUCGUGAAGGCAUUCCGUAGCUCUCUCUAUGAAGGUUUAGAAAAACCGGACUCUCGAUCUUCCAUACACAACUUCAUGACCCAUCCAGAGUUUAAGAUUGAAGACUCACAGCCUCAUAUCCCUCUUAUUGAUGACACUGAUCUGGAGGAAGAUCCUGCCCUGAAGCAAAACUCCAGCCAGCCCCCUUCACCAAACAAGAACAACAACGCCAUUGAUAGUGGGAUCAAUCUCACAACAGAUACAAGCAAAUCAGCUACCUCUUCCAGUCCUGGGAGCCCUAUACAUAGCUUGGAGACAUCCCUUUAGCUGAAGAAGGCAUAGCAAAAUCAAAGUAAUAAUCAUAAUUAUGGAAAAAAGUUAUACCUGUGGCCUGGCUCAUUGAAGAUGUUUUAAUUCUUGAAGGCCAGUAACAGAUGCUCAUGGACCAGGCAGCUCUGGAAAUGAGAAUGUGGCAGAAUUUUAAAUGCCAUCAAGCUGCUUUUUUUUGGAAAAGAAAGACAUGCUAAGAAAUGACUCCAACCAACCAUGUUCCUGCAUGAAUUUACACUUGCAAUCCCUUCUCUGUACUGGUUUUAUCAUUUUAUUUUUUACAUUUUCUGGGAUUUUCCAUAGGUGGGAGAGACCUAAAAAAAAGACAAAAAAAAAAAAAAAAAAAGCUUCCCAAGUCAACAGUAUUUAUCUGAUUAACUGAUAAAUGAGCCAUGGAACUGUAAACAGGGCAACUAUGUCAUGCUCAAGAGACUUUAUAGUGAAUUACUAUUUUUGUUUUCCUUUUCUGAAGAUGCAAGGCGCAGUGGAUUUGCACCAAUAAGAACAGAAGAACACAAGCAUAUGUGAAAGAUUUAUAUAGGCGAGAGGUGUGUGUGCGUGUGUAUAUAUGUAUAAACCCCACCAUGUAACUCCAAGGAGAAAUGUGUAUAUUGGCAUACCUUCACAUAUGGUGGAAAGGAUUUUGCCCAUGCAACAGUAAAUGCAUUUCUAGUCUUUAAACUUUACAAAAAAUGCAAAAAUCUGUGUACAAACCCUUUAUGCAUGCAUGUGAGCAGGGAAAUAUGUUGUUCCCUAAGAUAAUAUAUAUGAGGUCAAAAAGAUGAAGAAAAAAAAAAAUACAAAAAAAAAACCUAUACUUAAUGCAAGCAGGGUGCACGAAAUGGUAAUGUUUAUUUAUGUAUACCACUUGUAGUGGAAAAAAAAAUGCACAAAGCAGCAUUGGUGGAAUUCCAUGUAUCUACACAAAGCAUUCCAUAUUAUGUAUAUAAAACCCAUUAUUAGAACUUGAAGACAAUAGGGCUGGAAGAACAGAAUGGACAUUCCGUACUCUGACCAGCCAUCUGAUUCUUCAUCAGAAGAUCCAAAUUGUGUCCGAAUGGCAUUGACUUGCCAUUGAUGUCUAUCUGGCUUUAAUGCCAAAAAUAUGAGGAUUUGUAAAAACACAAAUGUUUUUACCAUUAUUUUCCCCGUAAGGGGUUUUAAUAGCAAUAAUGCCCCUGUGAGUCCGGCCUUCGUGGUUAUUACAUGACCUGUAGAGGCCCUUUCCUUUAACACACUGUUUAGUUGCUUGUGUACUGAAAGGUUGUUCAAUAAGUACAUUUUCAUGAAAAUCAUAGAGAAUCACACUUCAAAGAGAAAAAAAUAUACUUUGGCAUGUUGCCUUGUUUCUGCUUCA